GCUUUAAGAUUAUCGAGUAAGAGAUCACAGAUAUGUUUAUGAUUUGUUUUAAUUUUUGUUGAUAGAUGUCCUUCCCAUUAGCCGCAACAUAUUUUAUGAAGAUUUUUGAUGUUGCAGAUAAAUCGUUCGUAAAAUGUUUCAGAACUUUUCUAUCUGUAGAGCCAGCCUUAUAGGUAUAUCAAGAUCUACUCGAUCUAAAAAAAAACUUCCCAGAGAUGGCUCAACAAUAUGUAUUUACAAUGUUUUGCUACGAUCACAAUUAUCUCAAAUCACAAAUGUACAAAGUUUAUCAAUCAGAUUCUAUUCAAAUCCAGCAAGGAGACCCAGUUUUUUUUCUCAAUUUCUUGAGAAUAUCAAACAAGAAAUGCAAAAAAAUAAAGAGAUGAAAGAAUCUUUGAAAAAGUUUAGAGAAGAAGCAGAGAAAUUGGAACAAUCAGAAGCAUUGAGAUCUGCCAGACAAAAAUUUCAAGCAGUUGAAUCUGAAGCUACUAAAGGAUCAGAGGCUCUGAAAGAGAAAUUAGAAUCUUUAAAGGAAAAAGUACAAGAAGUUCUUGAAGAAGCAAGUAAAACUGAAUUAGGUAAAAAAGCUGGUCAGCUAAGUGAGGAAAUAUCAAAAUCUGCAAAAGGAGCAGCAGAGACAAUAUCUGAAAAAAGUCAGGCUUUAGGUAAAACAAGUGCAUUUCAAACAAUAUCACAAACUGUAGAAGCUGUGCGAGAAGAAUUAGAUCAUCAAGGAAUGCAUGGAAAAGUGUAUGUUCCACCUAAAAAAUUAAGAAAAAGAAAAGAUGUAAUAGAAUCAGUAGAUAGCAAAAUUGUUCAACCAAAUGCAGAGGCCACAGGUGUUGAAUUACAUAAAGAUUCUAAAUUUUAUCAAUCAUGGCAGAAUUUUAAGGAUAAAAAUCCAUAUGUGAAUAAAGUAUUAGAAUGGAAAAUCAAAUACGAAGAAUCGGAUAAUCCUGUAAUUCGUGCCUCCAGAUUAUUGACAGAAAAAGUUACAGAUAUAGUCGGUGGACUAUUUCAAAAGACAGAUUUAUCAGAAACACUAACAGAAAUUUGUAAACUAGAUCCUAACUUUGAUAGAAUACAAUUUUUAAAAUAUUGUGAAACAGAUAUUAUUCCAAAUAUUCUAGAAGCUAUGGUUAGGGGAAAUCUUGAAAUUUUAAAAGACUGGUGUCAUGAAGCUCCAUAUAAAUUAAUAGCACAACCAUUAAUACAAGUAGAAAAAUUGGGAUAUCAAUUAGAUAAUAAAAUUUUAGAUAUUAACAACGUAGAUUUAAUAAUGGGCAAAGUAAUGGAACAAGGACCAGUUUUAAUAAUUAGUUUUCAGUGCCAACAAAUUAUGUGUGUGAGAGAUGCUAAAAAGAAUGUUAUUGAAGGAGAUCCUGAAAAAGUAAUGCGUGUUAAUUAUAUUUGGGUAUUGUGUCGUGAUCCUACAGAACUUAAUUCAAAAGCUGCAUGGCGUUUACUUGAUCUUAGUGUAACCAGUACUGAACAGUUUGUAUAGUGUACAGUUUAGGUAUGAAUUUGAUUGAAAAUUUUAAAGAAAUAGAUGUGAAUAUGUGAUUGAAAAAUAAGUAAGAACUGUCACUUUCUUUUCUUUUUUUAUGGUUUCUAAUGCAAUAUGUAUUGAAAGAGAAGCCUGAAUGAUGGAUAUUAAUUCUUAUGACUUAAUGAUUACUUUCAAAUAUACAAAUUUAGUUCUGUAGCUUAAGCUAUGGAAAUGUUAUAAAUUUUAUGUUGAAUUUUGAUUUAUAUAUAAAUUUAUAUAAGUAUAAAUAUUAUAAUAUUAUAAAUAUAAAAGUAAAUUAUAUUGUAGAUAUACUUAUUAAAACACGA